AUCUUCAAUUUCGACCUUGCAGUGGAUGUUGGCUGUGGCCCUGGCAUAAGUACAAGCCCUCUCGCUCCAUACUUCAAGGAAGUGCACGGAUAUGACGUAUCCGAAGCACAAAUCAAUGAAGCGAGAGCAUUAAACACAUUUAACAAUGUUUACUUUUGGUAAGGUGACUUAUGUCACCAGCUGAGAAAAUCCUGAAAAAGAUGAGUCUGUGCAGCUGAUUACAGUAAUGCAGGCUGUUCACUGGUUUGACUUGGAUUCAUUCUACAAGGAAGUAAGAAGAGUCCUAAUGCCGCAUGGUGUGUUGGCACUGGGCAGUUACCUCAUUCCGAAGCCUGUCAGCAAGGACCAGAAGAAGAUGGACAAUAUAAUACAGAACGAAAUUUACAUGGGUGAAUUGAACAACUACUGGGAACCAGUUAGAGCAGUCAUCGACAACCUCUAUAGAGACAUCCCUCCAGCUUUCGAAGACCAUGUUCGGAUAGAGUAUAUCGAGGACUGCAAGGUCAGAACAGUUGCAGAUUACGUGAACUACGUGAAGACUUGGUCGGCAUAUCAGCUUUACCUAAAAAAGCAACCUGUAGAAGCAGAAGCACUGUCUCGCAAGCUGACGUCCAUAUUGAUGGAAGAUGCUGGUAAGGUUGGAGAAGAUCCCACGAAGACAAACCUUGAAGUUAGGACUCAAUUUUUUACGGUUUUGGCGAGGAAGCCAGGAUCUUAAACGGUAAUUCGAGCUUAAUUGUCAAGUCUGUGCGUGAAGUACUGGUAUAUAUAU